GUGACUCAUUCUCCUCUCUCUUCCUUCUUUCUGCUUUUCUCUUUGCUUCUCCUUCACAAAACAUAUGGUCUGUCUUUUAAGAGGAUCAUUAUUGAACCACAAAUGAGUUUUCAGAUACUGAAUAUGAACACAGAAGAGGAUGGAUACUCUAAUUUAAAUCACCUGCCACAGCAUCCAUCCAGACACUAUAUGUCUGUGAACGUCAACCAAGGGCGAUCUCUUCCCUUUGCUGUAUGGUUGCCAGCUAUCUUCAUUUUGUCUGUACUGUGCCUGGCCCUCAUCAUAGGAAUGAUAGUCCUAGGUCUCAGAGGUUCUCAGGCACCUGUGCAACAUAAUGAAAACUUGCGAGGAUUAAAAGAGAGCUUAUGCUCAAUGGGUGACACAAACAUUAAGAACAGCCCAGCAUGUUCACUGUGCCCUGUAAACUGGAAAUGGAUUGGAGGUGACACCUGUUUCUAUAUUUCAGAAAAGGAGGCAACAUGGCUAGAAAGUAAAGACUUUUGCUUUUCUCAGAAUUCCACCCUUCUUACACUGAAAAGGAAAAGCAAGUUGAUCAGAAUGUCUCAUAUAUUACAAAAACAAUCAUACUGGAUUGGAUUAUCCUAUAGAGUUGAAGGCUGGUCUUGGACGGAUGAUACAAAACUUUCUACACAGAGGAUGGACUGGAUUGAUUUGUCCAACGAGGAAAACUGUGCGUACCUAUACUAUCAUAAAUUAGAAGUUCACAGUGAGGAUUGUUAUGAGAAAUAUCCUUGGAUCUGUGAAAAGGCGGCAGUCCAGUUGAUCUAAAAAUAUUCUUCUGAUCAGCAGAAGGAGAACUGGAAGCAUAUGAAGAAAUAGAUUGUCAUUUUCAGAUUUUUCAAAAAGAUGAUGUAAAAUAAUGUUUAAUAGAAAUUCAAAGCAGAGUCUAACUUUCACAUACACUAAAAUGUAACAGAAAGGAAGCCUUUCCAGAUAAAUAGAAUCAGCAAUAAGAAAUAUUUAUGAAUCAGAGACAGGAUAUUAGCCUCCUCUGUCUAUCUCAGAAACCUGAACUGUAGCAAAGUUGUUAAUCUCAAGCAUGUCAGCAUAGCCAAAGAGCUCAGAAGCAUAAAGGUUGGUGGGGCUACUUCUUGUCAUUGGUUAGAAUUUCUUAUAUAUCCAUUUCUACCAGGGCUCUCCUUUUAGCCCAUUUGACUACUCAGAUGAUGAGUCUUCUCUCACUUCUAUUUACAAAGAUACAUUCACCUCCAGAAACUCUUAAUUAUUUACAGUUUACUCUUCAAUGCACCAACUUUCAGUUAUUCUAAAUUACUCUAAAACCCCAAAGCAAACACUUCUCUCCUUUACUACUCAAAUAUGUGUGGGUUCUUUGUUUGCUGCUUAGCAGCAAAACACCAGUUAGCACCCUCAUCCUCCUCUUGGCUGGGGAAUAUGAAUUUUAAGUAUGUUGAUAUUUUAGAUCCAAGUAAUGAUGCUUUUCCUCUACAUGCAAUAAUGUGAUCUUCCAAGGUGGCCCAGAAGUGUUAAUAAAGUGUUAUUAACACAAAUAAGUGUUAAUAAACAGUAUGUGGUUAUCAUAAUUGCCAUAGCUGUUAUGCAGGGAGAAUGGAAAUACUGAUUGGAUAUUUCCAAGAUUGCCAACCUAAGACCAUUGGUCUUCAACUAAGAGGGAAGAUCUCCAUCUCUUUACCUAACACAUAGGGCCGUAGAGGGAAGAGGGAUCCAAAAUACCUAGUUGAUAUUCAGCUAUCACCUCCUCCAAACUCAAGAGAGGUCUGUCCCAAUGAGCAGAAAUUCAGGCAAAAAUGCCAAAAGACAUUUGAUGAACUAGAGGUUCCUGGCCAAAUUCAAUCACAAAAAGAAAGCAUAGAGGGGGUAAAUACAUGGAUGUGUAACCUGGGAGUAAUAUAGAGACAGGGAUGAUGUUAGGAAAGCCAGAGCCCAUUUGGAACUCACUCGGGCCAGUGAUGUCAAAGACAACAGGAAGGGCUUCUGGGUGACAAAAUGAAGAUGGAAAAAUAUGGACCCACUGCUGAAGGAGAUGGUGGACUUGAUUAUAUAGGAGGUGAAAACAGCUGAGGUACUGGGUGCCUUCUUUGCUUCAGUCUUUACGAGCAAAAUUGGCCUUGAUGCAUACCAGGCCCCAGAAUGUAAAGGAAAAGUUUGGAGCAAGGAAGAAGUUCUGGUCUGGGAACGCAAGCAAACUGUACAUACAUAAAUCCAUUAGCUCUGAUGGGAUGCACCCAUGAGUGCUGUGGGAGCCAGAAGAUGUCACCGUUGCAAGGUCACCUUCAAAAACCUUUUAAAGAUCAUGGUUACUGAGAGAGUGCCUGAGGACUGGAGGAAAGCAAAUAUCACUCCUUCACUCCUAUCUUCAAGAAAGUCAGGAAAGAAGACCCAGGGCCAGGCAGACUCACCUCAGUCCCUGGGAAAGUGAUGGAGCACAUAAUCCCGGAAACCAUUUCCAAGCACAGGAAGGGCAAGAAUGUGAUCAGGAGUACUCAGAAUGCGUUUACCAAGGGGAAGUCACAUUUGAACAACCUCAUAAGCUUCUACAAUUAAAUCACUGGCUGGUAGAUGAGGAGAGAGCAGAGAACAUUGUCUACCUGGACUUCGGUAAGGGUUUCAACACUGUCUCCCAUAAGAUCCUCAUAAAGAAACUAUGUAUGGGAUGGAUGAGCAUACUGGGGGAUGGAUUUAAAACUGGCUAAACAGCCAGCCCAAGAAGAUAGUGAUCAGUGUUUUAAAGUCUAGUCAGAGACCACUAACUAGAAGUGUAUGUCAGUGGUAAAUAUUGAUUCCAGUCCUGUUUAAUCUCUUUAUUAAUGAUCUGGAUGAUGGAGCAGAGUGUACCCUCUGCGUGUCUGAAGGUGAUACAAAACUGGAAGGAGAGGUGACCAUAUGGUUGUGCUGACAGUCAGAGGGACCUCAACAAGCUGGAGAGAGGGACUGACCUCAUGAAGCUCAAAAGAGAGAUGCAAAGUCUUGCACCUGGGGAGAAACAACCAACCCCAUGCACCAACAUAUCCUGGGGGCAAAACAGCUGGAAAGAAGCUAGGCAGAAAAGGUCAUGGGGUCCUGAUGGACACCAAUUUGAACAUGAGCUGGAAACGUGCCCCUGCCACAGAGAAGACUGUUAGUAUUAUGGGCUACAUUAGACAAAGUAUUGUCAGCAAUUUGAGGAAGGUAAUCCUUCCCCUCUCCUCAGCAUUGAUGAGGCCACAUCUGGAGUACUGUGUGCAUUCCUAGGCUCCUCAGUACAGGAGACACAUAGACAUACUGGAGAGGGUCACAGAGAUAAUGAAGGGAGAGAGUUGGGACUCUUCAGCAUGGAGAAUAGAAGGCCUAGGAGAAUCUUAUCGAUGUAUAUAAAUACCUGGAAAGAAGCUGAAAAGAAGACAGAGCUACACUCUCUUCAGUUGUGCCUAGUGCCAGGACAAGAGGCAAUGGGCACAAACUGAAACACAAGAUGUUCCCUCUCAACAUCAGGAAGCCCUUCUUUACUAUGUAGGUGACUAAGCACUUGUGCAGUUUGCACAGAGAGGUUGUGGAGUCAGGCCCUUUGAAGAUAUCCAAAAGCCAUCUGGACAUGGUUCUGGGCAAUCGUCUCUAGGUAUCUCAACUUGAGCAGAUGGGAUGGACCAGAUGGCCUCCAGAGGUUCUUUCCAACAUAAAUCAUCCAUUGAUUCUGUAAUUCUAUGGUUGAUUUAAGAGUUUAAAUUUUAUAUCAAUUUAAUAGAGCUUGUUACUUUUGAGUAGGAACGUUGAUUAGAGAACUUCCUUUGGUUUUGUUCUAAGUUUGAAAGUGUCUGAGAUUUUUUCUUCAUGUUGGAAAACAGAUUUGAGCAGAAAAAUUUUGAAAAUAUAUUUUGCUGUAUUUCUAUGUCACAGUCUACUAGAAAUUUGAUUUGUCUCCAGUGUAUAUAGGGAUGCAGUUUGAACCACCACUUUUAACAAUGACACUUCCUGGUCUAUGAAUGUGUGAUAACAUUGGUGGUAGGGGAGAUGGUUGGACCAGAUGAUCUUGGAGGUCUUUUCCAACCUUCAUGAUUCUAUGAUUCUAUGAUAUUCAUGACACAAUCAUACAGAAGAAACUUCUCUCUUUCCCUGGGUUGCAAUAUUGUACUUCAAAAUACAGAUUUUAUGAAAUGCAUAAGAUUUUUGCCUUCAUAGCAUAGGCAAGUUGAUAUUAAUUAUCUAUUUCCUUUCUGCUACAAAAUACCGGUUUUCAUGUAUACUGUUCCCAUUAAAUAUUUGCACCAUAA